AUGGAGCUGUUCGCCGAGCUCGCCGCCGAGCAUCGCGCCGACGGCAGGAACGUCGACGACCUGGUCACCCGCUACCUGGCCGAGCACGACGGCGAGAAGGAGCAAGCCGGGCGCAACCUGGCCGUCAUCGUCAUGGACCUGUUCCUGGCCGGCUCGGAGACGACGGCUAGCUCGCUGGGCUGGGCGCUGCUGUACAUGUUGCUGAAGCCCGACGUACAGCUCGGUGUGCAGCGCGAACUGGACCGGGUGGUCGGCCGCCACCGGCUGCCCACGCUGCAGGAUCGGGCCAGCCUGCCGUACACGGAGGCGACGCUGAGCGAGGUGGCACGCAUGGCGUCAGUAACGCCGAUGGCACUCGCCCACAACGCGUCCUUCCGCUCGACAACGAUAGCCGGGUACCGAGUGCCUCUCGGCUCCAUGGUGCUCUUUGACCUGCACCACGUGCACCACGACCCCGACUACUGGGGUGACCCGGAGGCGUUCCGGCCGGGGCGUUUCCUGACGCCGGCUGGUCAGCUGCGCAGGGACAUCGACCGUCUCGUCCCCUUCGGCACCGGGAAGCGCCAGUGCAUCGGCGAGCCGCUGGCCCGGAUGGAGCUGUUCCUCUUCUUCAGCUGCAUGCUGCACGAGUUCUGGCUGUCGCCGGCGCCCGGCUGCUGGGACGACCCGGCGUAG